GCCGUGCUCAAAGGGCCGCAAUCACACUCAAAAAGAGAUUGGGGCUACGAGGGGCGAAGUUUAGCUUGGCCCGCGUCGGAUUGUCGGUCUGGCACAAUCUGAGAGACAGUCCUGUGUCUCGAGCAAGUGAAGUGGGGCUUUCUUGAAUGCACGGAACUGUAGCUACGAGCUGUAGUACACAUCGGUUUCCUCGACAAUCUAAGACCUUCGAAGCUGCAAGCCAGUUCUGCAUAGUCUCUCAAACCCAAGAAAUUGUCUUCUCCAGUCAACUCCUAACUUUCUGACUGCCUGACUGCCUGACGGCCUGACUGCCUGACGGCCUGACGGCCUGACUGCCUGACGGCCUGACUGCCUGACUGCCUGACGGCCUGACCAGACUAGUAUCUUUUCCUGGGGUCGCUUUAGAACAGAUAAGUCAUCUUUUCCACAUUGAUUUCUUUUCGAGUAAGUGAUGGUCGACCAUGCAGGAACAGUCGAUAUUAAUAAGUAAUUUCCUUGCACUGGUUUCCUUGCACUCCCCCGCUCUCCAUUCGAAGCACCGUGAGCGGAACGAGUAGUAGAAAAGUCUAGGUCUCCUCGAGCCUCGCGCCUUAGAUUCCGAAUCCGAAAAUCGAAUUCGAAAUUUCAACCUGAAACCAUCUCACCCGCGGUGUCACGCGCCAGCAUCCAUCUCACCACGCGACCCGUCCAGAGCUUAUGGCUGGCGGAGGCGGCUCCAUCGGCGCACAUGGCGCCGCAAGUCCCGCCGCGAUAGCCGCACCCAAGCCUACAGGAAUGGCGGCGAUCGUGCAGCAAUCCAUGGCGGUUCAGUUCAUUGUCGACCCGUCCACCGCCGCGAUUCUCGGCGCGAGUAAAGGCGCGUCGCGAACGCUGGGCCCGGCGCUUAACGACCAGACGUCUCUCCUCGAUAUCACCUUCCUCUCGCAAAACAAGUGGCGGCAUCUGAUUCGCCAGCUCAGCCGCGGGCAGGUGGAAAAGAUUCACCUGCCCGGGAUCAUCCGCGCCAAGCAGCCUCGAGUGUCCAUGCGACUGUCCACGUCAUCAGCAGCCGCGGCAGCGUCGUCGGCAACCUCGAGGAAAUCAGUGGGGGGCGUCGCGAGAUCGAGGCCGUCAUCAUCCGACCGUCCAUUACACCAAGCUGGAACGGCCGCGAUUGACGCAGCCGCUUGCACGCGGCCGAGCGAUGUCUUUAAAGCCGACUUACCGGAAAUCGACAUUCCUAAGAACGUCCCCAGUACACCCCCACUGCCGUCCGCGAGCAGUAGUACUACGAGUUCUAGUAGUGCUGUUAGGCGCGACUCUAGUGCAGGUCGCGGCUCGUAUCCCCGCCGAAUGCGGUCGACGUCGUUCGGACGCGGCGACGCGAUUCCUGAGAAUGGCAGCGGCUCGACGGUCAGCGCGAAUAGCGCCGACAUCGGCGUUACCACCGCCGUUUGCGGAGCGGAAGGCGCGAGUGCGUACUACAGUGAAGGUGACUCAAAGGGAUGCGGUGAGAAUCCGCCGCCUGGCGACAGGAUGAUCCCCUCGAUAUUGCGUGCCUCGCCAAAAGCCGCGUCGCAAAGGCUACCGUCACCGUCGUCCCUCCCGCCGCUUCUUCCGGCGACGGACUCAGCUGACAGCAGCAGCAGCGGAAGGAGCAGCGCCGGCAGCAGCAGUAGCAGCGGCCGGCACGUCGGCCAGCAUAGCGGUCCGAGCCCGUGGGACGGCGGCGAUUCCUCCCCCCCCACUCCCUCCCCGAACAGCAUCAUCGGGAACUGUCUUCCCGCCAUUGGCGCCGCCAUUGGCGGAUCACCCAGCGCGGCCGGCGCGGGCCGGCUGGGCGCUAUGAUGGUUGCGCGCGCGACGACUCCCGCCCUCCCCGGUCCGCGGGAAGCGGAAGGGAUGACGGGCAGCAACGGCUCGCUUUCGCCCGCGCCCAGCGGAGGGGUUGGCGGAAGCAGCGAGGGAGGCAGCGGAAGCGGGGGAAGGCGAGGGGCGGGAAGGAUGAUAACGAUGCGCGGGCGCAAGGCGGACAAGCGGGGGGGGAAGGUUGCGACGGGGAGCGAGUCUUGCGCCAUGAACCCGCCGGCGCUGCCAGCGCCGCAGCAGCAACAGGAGCGGAUGCAGAUCGACGGGGCCGCGGACACGGAAAAGCGCGGGGAACGAGCGCUGGCGGAAGGAUCGACGGAAGGCGUUUCCGCGCAAGGGAGGCCCCCGCCACAGCGGCCAGCAGGGAAGGAGCGGGGGAAGGAAUGGCGGAAAGGUCUGAAGAGCUUGUUCGGGUCAAACUCCGUCAAGCGGAGAGGGGAUGCGGGAGAGGGGAGCGCUGGCGGAAGGGCGGGGAACACGAUUGGCGGAGGAGAGACCGUGGCGAAGGGGGAAGCAGAGGCGGAUGCGCGAGUGGGGGAGGUUUGCUCGCGUGGGGAGGAGGGGGAAAUGGCGGGCGGCGGAGGUGAUAUUCUAACGGGGAUGAAUACACCGGAGGUGGAUGAGUCGGGUGACUUUCGGAGAGUUACAGUGGAGCUACAGUUCUUUCACUUCAAUUCCUCCAAAGACCUCGUCGCCACAGUGCAAGUGCUCCCCUCUCACGCGCAGCAGCAGCAGGAGGUGCAGCAGGCGCAGGCGGUGCUGCAGCUGCAGAACUACGCCGGGCUGGGGACGGUCGUGCUCGAGGGUGUCGACGGUGUGGUAACCAGCUGUAACAGCAGCGCAACGAGCAUCUUGGGAUUCCCGGAGCCCUACAUCAUGGGGCAGACGCUGCAGCAUUUUGUAACAGAGGCUGAAAAGGCCACCUUUGCUGAGGAGUACAGCAAGGUGCAGCAGGGUGUGGAGGAGUGGUCGCAGCAGGAGAUUCGGCUGCGGAAGAUCGACCGCAGCACUGUGGCAGUCCGAAUCACGAUGACCGCCCUCUCCACCGCUGCCUCCAACACCGCUGCUGCUGCUGCUGCUGCUGCUGCUGCUGCCGCCCCCCGACUCUCCACAGCAGCAACCACCCCACAUGGCGCCACCACCCCAUCUGCUGCCGCUGCAGACGCUGUUAAAGCUGCUGCUGCUGCUGCUGCUGCUGUGGCUGGUAAGGCUUCCGCUGCUGGUGAAGCGGACACGAGCAACAUGAGUCGGACAAGCAGCCACGGGAGCGGUUCAAGCGAGAGCGAGGCAGGGAGGGCAGCAAGCAGAGAGCACACGGCAGUGCUGUGCAUGUUCCAAGACAUCAGCGCACAGAAGGCGUUGGAGCAACACAUGGAGAACUACCGCAUGAUGGUGGAGCACUUCCCCGCCGGCGCAGUCCUCAUUUCACACAAUGGGGAGGAAGGCGAAACCGUGCUCGUCAACAGCACGCUGGAAGCCAUGCUGGGGUGCGACAAGGGCAGCAUCGACAGCGUGGACAAGUGGUUCAGCACGCUGUAUGCGGACAAGGCGCGAAGAGCGCGGCAGCUCCACGAGGCGAGGCGAGUGUCCGGGAGCAGCAAGGACGUGACCAACACGGUGCAGCAGAUCAAGAAGAGGGACGGGUCCAAGCUCGUCGUGGACGUGACGACGUACCGCUUCGACCUCGGGGAAAUGUGGCUGGUCAACGAUAUUACCGAGAGCCGCAAGAACCAGUUCAAGUUCAGAAUGCUCUUUGAGCUGUCCUCGGACCCCAAGCUGCUGCUCAACCAGGAGGGCCGGGUGUUCGACUGCAACCAGUCAGCCAUCCGCAUCCUCAAGUGCGGCACCAAGGAGUCGCUCCUCGGGAAGACCCCCUGGGAGCUCUGCCGCCCGCAGCAGCCCUCCGGGCAGCGCUCGUCCUUCCUCAAGGCCGUCCUGGACGACCUCGCCGCCAGCAACAACGUCCCUGCUGGGGCCACAGCCCCCCCUGAUGCUACAGCCGAUGCCACAGGCUCUGCUACAGCCACACCUAGCGCUUCAGGCUCGGGAGGAGGCUCGGGAGCAGCAGGGAGCGCGACGGUGCUGGGAGGGGCGUCGGCGGUGGGCGGGGAGAAGCGGUACCGGUUCGACUGGCUGUUCGAGGACGAGGAGGGGCAGGACGUACCGGUGGAGGUGCUGUGCAAGAUGGUCAACUUCUUUGGCGAGCCGGUGUACCUGAUGGUGUGGCACGACAUGGCGGAGGCGCGCAAGCAGGAGGCGGAGCUCAGGCGCGCCAAGGCGGAGGCGGAGAAGGCGAGUAAAGCCAAGACGCAGUUCCUGGCUAAUAUGAGCCACGAGAUCCGGACGCCGAUGAACGGCAUCAUCGGCGUCGCGGAUCUGAUGCUCGCGACGCCGCUUACUCCGGAGCAGUGCUCACUGCUCGAAACCCUAAGAUCGUCCUCCGAGGGCCUCCUGCACAUCCUCUCGGACAUCCUCGAUUUAAGCAAGAUCGAGAACGAGAAGAUGGACCUCGAUUUUAGCAACUGGCGGUUACGCGAGAACGUGAGCAACUGCGUCGCGCUCUUCCACGGAUCCGCGCACGAGAAGAGCAUACGCCUUAAAGCGCGCGUCGAUAAGGACGUCCCGAUCGAGGUCUUCGGCGACUGCAUGCGCGUCCGCCAGGUGGUCACUAAUCUCCUAAGCAACGCGAUUAAGUUCACGUCGGCGGGGGGACACGUGUCAGUGCGCGUGAGCCUCGUCGAUCCGCACGCUCCGGGCCGCGGAAAGCGGCGGGAGUCGUUUUCGAGUUUGGAGCCGCUAAGAGAGAACUCGGAAAUGGAUAAAGUGGUGGUGCAGUUCGAAGUGAAGGACACGGGGAUCGGAAUUCCACCAGAUGCGCAGAAGAACCUCUUUCAAGCGUUCAAUCAGGCUGACAACUCCACAUGUCGUCGAUUUGGAGGCACUGGCCUUGGCUUGGCCAUCUGCCGGGCACUUGUCAACCUCAUGGGUGGCGAGAUUAACCUUUCAAGCGAAGAGGGGAAAGGAUCCUCCUUCACCUUCACUGUGUGCCUUGGAGUUACCGAGCCCGCUCCCAGCGACGCAGAGAGUGCAGGGGAAGAAAGCCUCCUAGAGGACGAUGAGGAGGAGGAAGAGGAGGAGUGGGAUGAGGAGGAGGAUGACGAAGAAGGGGAGGAGGAUGACACUGAUAUGGAAGGAGGUCACGAGGGGGAGAAAGGACCCGAGGAAGGUACAACUAGUGAUGAUGACGACGACGAGCAUUGGGCGGCUCAUCUAGUUCGGGCGGCAACUGAGAUUGCCAUUGGACGGUCCCGGUCGGCACGGAGGCGGGCGAGCAAGGCAGCGACAAGUGGAGGGAAAGAGAGCAUGGGGGGGCUUGGCGAGAAGACGACGAAUGCAAUGGACUGCGAUGGUGAGGCUUUGAGAGAAUCGACAGCCCCCAGGUCCCUGUGGUCCGCCCGAAGCCGCACGCUUAACCGCAGCCCGACCCCUCGGCAUAAGAAGGCCCUGCGCCGGGCAGAUUCGAAAGAGAUUUUCCUGCCCAUUGCUCUGCCUGCUGAUACCAGUAUCAGCAGCAGUACCAGCAGCCCGGGCAACAAUGCCAGCACUAUUAGUGCUGCAACGAGCGCUGUUGCAGUUUCUGCAGGUCACGCUCGGCCCUCUACCUCCCCAUCUUUAUCGCAAACCCUUGGAACUAUCCCCCCUUGCCCCACUCUCACUUGGCCCCCUACCCAGUCCGCCCCUCCCCCUGCUCAGCCUGCCCCUUCUGCAGCUCCCACUGCUGCCAGUCCUCCUGCAUUUAGUUCUGCUAGCCCCUCAGCAGUUGCUGCUGUCAGGAGUCUGUUCAGUAAGUCUAGAAGCGAAACCAAUCUGCUCAAGUCGGGUGUAUCGGAGGGCAAUUUCCUCAUAGGCAGCAGGAGGAGUCAGUCUGGCCGUCACAACAACACAGGUUUAGACAACGGUAGCAGAGCCAGCAUUGACAAGCGCGCAGACAGCAGCAGCAGCAGCAGCAGCACGAGCGAUCUGAAGGGCGGGACUCACGGUAACAGAAGCGUCGGCAGUAGCAGCAGCGGCAGCAGCAGCAUGCGCAGCAGCAGCAGCACGAGCGAUCUGAAGAACCAGGCUCACAGUAACAGAAGCGGCAGCAGCAGCAGUGGCGGCAGCGGCAGCGGCAGCAUCAGGACCAGCAGCAGCACAAGCAAUCUGAAGGACCAGGCUCACGGUAAUAGAAGCGGCAGCAGCAGUGGCGACGCCAGUAUCAGAUGCAGCAGCAGCACAAGCGACCUGAAGGACCGGGCUCGCACUAACAGAAGCGGCAGCGGCGGCAGCAGCGGCAGCAGCAAUGGUGGUCGACGGGUGUCAAUAGCACUGAACAAACCCUCUGCAUCCUUCAAGUCACAUUCCUUGCAAGAAAGCUCCAGCCCGACGCCUCGGCGGUGUAAGACACAGGAGCGCCCCCCCCGCUCCCCCUGCUCCUCUUCCUCCUCUGCUACACAUGGCGGGCACAAGAAAGUUUUCACGGACGAGCUGCCCGAGCAGCUGCCCGAGUGCGUGAAAUCGUGGAAGGUUCUUGUAGCUGAAGACAACAUGGUGAACCAGAUGGUGGUUACCCGCAUGCUCAAGAACCUUGGGAUUGCCGCUGAUAUUGCGGACAACGGGCUGAAGGCGCUGCAUGCCUGCGAGGGGAACUACUACGACUUCAUUCUUAUGGACUGCCACAUGCCUGAGAUGGACGGCUUGGAGGCCACAAGACAGAUCCGGCAGGCGGAGCAGCUGCUGCCCAGCCGGCCACCCAAGUUCAUCGCGGCGCUCACUGCGAGCGCGUUUGACUUCGAGCGCGAAGCGUGCUUCGCUGCUGGCAUGAACCACUUUCUGACCAAGCCCAUCCGGCCGAAAGACCUGGAGGACCUUGUGAUGAAGCUGGUGGAGAUGCGGAGAUGAGGAGAGAAGAGGAAAAGCGGAGUGAGGGGCCUGUGUGUGAGUAUGGUUACAUGCUGCUGGCAUGAACCACUUUCUGACUAAGCCCAUCCGGCCCAAGGAUUUGGAGGAUAUUGUGAUGAAGCUGGUAGAAAUGAGAAGAUGAGGAGAGGGGGUGAUGAUGAUCCUGCACAAGGGUGGGGAGACGAGAGAGGUCUGUGUGUUAGUAGGUGAGUCAUGGCCAAUCUUUCACCAAUGCGAGCCCAUCUGAUCUGACCCAAGGGCCUAAAAGCUGACCCCAGCAAUGGGAGGACGUAGCAUGGCAUGACAAUCGUAUGGCAUGUGACCAGGUUAACGACACCCGUUUUGUCCAACGUAUGCUUGACUGGUGUGCCUUGUUUGUAUCUUUAACAAGCUUUCGUUUUCUUCAGGGGUGUUGACAAUGACGGAUGGAGCCUGCAUUGCAUACAUUUUUCUGUCAGCAUUCUAUUGUGAAUUUACAA